AUGAUAUAAUAAAACCACUGGCUACUUGUUGAACCUCUGGACCAGAACACACACCAACGGAGACACCACUUCCAAAAUAAGUCAUUUAGACUUUAAACUAAGUACGUUUAACGUCCUUUAAGCCUUUAGCCACAGGUUGGAGCGGCUUCCCAUUCACACUGCCGCACCCAAGAUGAAAACAAAAGCUCGCCUGCUCAUUUUAUUUUUGAGUGUUUCUGGCGUCUGUGUUUUUUGGAGAGAAGUGUCACAAUACGUUCUGCCUCAGGAACAAAGAUCCUGUGCUUGUGACCGAUGUCUAUUUGAAAAUGAUACGUUGGCCAUUGAGCGUUUGAGGAAGUUUCCGCAACCAUUUUUAUCCAGCAACUACAGUCUGCCAGAAGAGGAUUUCAAAUGGUGGAGGGUCAUACAGCGUGGAGGCGGUAACAUCAGUGAAUACAGACAAAAGAUGUCAAGGGUUUUUCAGCUGAUCCCAGACAACUCUCCUCUUGAAGCAUCCAUCCCCGGCCGAUGCAGGACUUGUGCUGUGGUGGGAAACUCCCGUAAUUUGUUAAAAUCACAUUAUGGACCUUUCAUAGAUUUCCAGGACUACGUCAUAAGAAUCAACAGGGGUCGUUCCAAAGGCUUUGAAUCCGAUGUCGGGAACAGAACAACUCAUCAUGUCAUGUACCUGGAGAGUGCUUCUCAGAUAGAUAACACCACUCGUCCGGUGCUGUUUACCUUUAAGAUGAGGGAUCUUGAAUGGAUUACGAGCGUCCUCAGCACACAACCUUCUGGAAAAAAAUCCUUAUUCAACAAGGAUUUGGCGAUGGUCCUUAACCCAGCUUUUAUGAGGAAUAUUCAUCAAGUAUGGCUGCAAAAGAAGGGCGCUUAUGCCUCCACUGGCUUCAUGGCUUUGGCUCUUGCCCUGCAUAUUUGUGACGAGGUCCAUGUGUUUGGUUUUGGAGCAGACAGUGAUGGAAACUGGAGUCAUUACUGGGAAAAAGUCCCCAACAAAAAAGUAAAAACUGGACCACAUCCUGGAAAAGUAGAGUAUGAAAUGAUCGAGGAGCUGGCAAGUCAUCAAGUACUCAAAUUCUAUACAGGGUGGUAA